ACAUACUUUGUAUUUCUUGAGGAACUCUUGCUCAAUCAAUAAUGGAGAACGAGAGAAAGAGAUUGAUGGAGGAAGAAUGGAACUCCAUGAUUCCGACUGAUCAUAAACUUUGUCGUGCUGAUUUCCCCGCGAAGUUCCUCUUUGGCGUCGCUACUUCUGCUUACCAGGUUGAAGGAGCAGCCAGUGAGGGUGGAAAAGGUCCUUCUAUAUGGGAUGCUUUCGCACACACAAAAGGCAAGAUUUUUGACGGGAAAGACGGAGAUAUAGCAGUAGAUCAGUACCAUCGUUACAAGGAAGAUGUUAAUCUUAUUGCCAAAUUGGGUUUCAGUGCUUACCGAUUUUCUAUAUCAUGGUCACGUAUCUAUCCAGAUGGGCUUGGAACCCAAGUCAACUAUGAAGGGAUCAUGUAUUACAAUAAUCUUAUAAACUACCUACUUGAAAAGGGAAUUGAGCCGUGUGUAACGUUAUACCAUUGGGAUCUUCCGUUGUAUCUUAAUGACUCGAUGGGAGGGUGGUUAAGCGACUCAAUAGUAAAGUAUUUCGCGAUCUAUGCAGAAACUUGCUUUGCAAGUUUUGGUGAUAGAGUGAAGAAGUGGAUUACAAUCAAUGAACCCCUUGAGACAGCAGUAAACGGAUAUUCUACUGGUUUAUUUGCACCCGGAAGAAGUGACAGUCACUCAGCCGAACCAUAUUUGGUUGCCCACCACCAGCUUUUGGCCCAUGCAGAAGCUGUUUCAAUAUAUAGAACAAAAUUUAAGGAUCUGCAAGGUGGAGAAAUAGGAUUGGUUGUUGAUUGUGAAUGGGCAGAGGCCUUAACAGAUAAAGAAGAAGAUAUAGCUGCUGCAGCAAGGCAUGUUGACUUUCAGCUUGGAUGGUUCUUGGAUCCAAUAUUUUUUGGAGAGUAUCCUAUAUCUAUGCAGGAGAGAGUUGGAGACAAGCUUCCAGUAUUUUCCCAGAAAGAUAAAGAAUUACUAAGAAAUUCAGUGGAUUUUGUUGGCUUGAAUCACUAUACAUCAAGAUUUGUGUCACAUAGUACAAACAAAGAUAAAAGUGAUUAUUAUAGUGCACAAGAGGGAACAAGAAUAGCUACUUGGAAAAACGGGUCGAUUGGUGAAAAGGCAGCAUCGCCAUGGUUGUAUGUUGUUCCAUGGGGUAUGUGGAAAAAUCUUAAUUACAUAGCUCAGAAAUACAAUAACCCGCCAAUCUACAUUACUGAAAACGGUAUGGACGAUGAAGACAAUGUUGCAUCUCCCCUACGUAAAAUGUUGGAUGACAAACAGAGAGUUGCUUACUUUGAGGGAUAUCUUGCAUCUGUUUAUCUGGCUAUCAAGGACGGAGUAGACGUGAGGGGGUACUUCGUGUGGUCAAUGGUGGAUAAUUUUGAGUGGUGCUUUGGUUAUACAAAGCGGUUCGGUUUGAUUUAUGUUGAUUAUAUAAAUGGUCUCACUCGUCAUCCAAAGUCGUCUGCAUAUUGGUUCUUGAAGUUCUUGAAAGGUGAAGAUGAGGAAAAUGGCAAAGACUUGACUGAAACAUAUAAACAUCAUAUGUUAUCCAAUUUUUGGAUAUAGAACAACCAAAAUAUGGUAUUUAUGUAUGAUGUCUCAAACUUCGACCAAGAUUGUACUAUGUUGUAGCAAAACCGCAAAAUAAGGUAUUUAUAUAUUUCAUAAAAUAUGGUUUUUGCUAUAAAUAGGGGUAAACAA